AGGCAGCGGCAGUGGGUGCGGCUAACGAGUCACGGGAGCCCCCGGUGCUCCCGGGCGGGCCUCAAAGCCGGGCCAGAGGCUGCACACCUGCCCUGGGGGAAGUGCCGAGGGGAGAGGCUGCGGGCGGGCAUGGCCUUGGAGCUGCGGGAGCUGGCCCCGGGGGCCCUGGGGCACAUGCGCUCGCGGGCACACACCGGCGCCCGGGCCCGGAGGCGACCCCGAGGGGUGUGCUUGGGGGCAUUCUCGCAACAAGCUUUUAUUGUCUUCUAGAGCCCGGGGCACCACUUUUCUGGGGGGGCUGGGGGGGGCGGCUCCGGGCGGGGUCUCCUGCCGCCCUGCACACCUGGCUCUCAGGACCGGGGGCGGCGGCCUUGGGCUCUCGCGCAGGGCCGCGUGGGUGCAGGCGCCGGGCGGAGGAGGGCGCCGGGCUCUGCGCCCGACCCGGGGCCCCGCGGCCCGCUCGCCUCCCCACGCCCCGGCCGCGCCAGGCCCCGCUGCACCCCCGCGUUCUGGGCGUUCCUCGGAGCGGGAGGCUGAAGCGCACCGGCCUUGGGCGCCCCUGCCCUCUGGGUCUCCGCCUCUCCCGCCGCGGCGCCCCCUGCCCUGCCUUCGUCAGCGGGGCACCUGCCGCGGGCUCGGCGGGCGCUGCGGGGACCCGCGGGCCUGCACCGAGCGGAACGCGCGGGAAGGGUCCGGGCCCCCGCUCGGACGCGAGCGGACGGCGCUUCCGGCGCCCAGCCGCGGCCUCCGCCCGCCCCUUCCGGCGCCGCGGCUGGGACGCUUUCCCGGAGCCCGGGAGGACGCUGGGGCGGGGGGCCAUGGAGCCGGACGAGCCGGGCGAGGCGCUGACGGAGCUGCGCGAGCGGCGGCUGGGGGCGCUGGGGCUGCUGCAGGCGGCGGCGGGCUCGGGGCUGGCCGCCUACGCCGUGUGGGCGCUGCUGCUGCAGCCGGGCUUCCGGGCAGUGCCGCUGCGGCUGCAGGUGCCCUAUGUGGGGGCGAGCACCAGGCAGGUGGAGCACGUGCUGACGCUGCUGCGAGGCCGUCCCGGGAAGACGGUGGACCUGGGCUCCGGCGACGGCAGGAUUGUGCUGGCGGCCCACAGGUGCGGCCUUCGCCCGGCGCUGGGCUACGAGCUGAACCCGUGGCUAGUGGGGCUGGCUCGGCUGCAUGCCUGGAGGGCGGGCUGCGCGGGCAGCGUCCGCUUCUGCUGCCAGGAUCUCUGGAAGGUGAACCUGAGGGACUGCCACAACGUGUCUGUGUUCCUGGCGCCUAGCGUGCUCCCGCUGCUGGAAGACAAGUUGCAGGCGGAGCUGCCCGAAGGGGCCCGAGUGGUGUCAGGGCGCUUCCCCCUCCCCACUUGGCAUCCUGUGGCCGUGUUGGGUGAGGGUCUGGACCGUGUCUGGGCCUAUGACGUCCAUAGUGGUAGCCCAGCUGGUCAGGUCCCCCCAGGACCCAGUUCUGCCUCAGUCCCUGGGGCCCUCACUUCUCCAGCUGGCUGACUAUUUGGACACAAUAAAGACUCAGCGGGGGAUCCCUGUGUGGCGCAGGGGUUUAGUGCCUGUCUUUGGCCCGGGGCACGAUCCUGGAGACCCGGGAUCGAAUCCCACGUCCAGCUCCCGGUGCGUGGAGCCUGCUUCUCCCUCUGCCUGUGUCUCUGCCUCUCUCUCUCUCUCUCUCUGUGACUAUCAUAAAUUAAAAAAAAUUAAAAAUAAAUAAAUAAAGACUCA